AUGGACCUCUUUCACUCCCCAGAAUUCUCUUCCCAUGUGGAGGAACUCAUGGAGGAGCACCAUGUGCCUGGGGUUUCUAUCGCUAUAGUCCAGAACGAAACGAUAGCCUCAACAGGCUACGGGAAGUUAUCAUUCGAACCCCCUGUACCAUGUACAGCAGAUACGCUAUUCAAUAUCGCAUCCGCAUCGAAAUCCUUAACAGCUGCUUCUGUCGGCCUACUAAUCGAUGAUAACAAACAUUAUCCUGAAGUACAGUACGACGCGACCAUGUCGAACUUAUUACCCGGCGACUUCGUGACCUCAGAGGCGGGAUACACUGAAAGUAUUACCGUUGAGGAUAUACUCAGUCAUAGAUCAGGCAUACCUCCUCAUGACUUCUCCUAUAUGAGCUCGCGAGCAGCAGAACCAGACGACGCUAAUAUGAUGUAUAUAGUGGCAACGUACCUAAUAGAAAAGAAGGCUGGUAUAUCUUUUGCUGAUUUCGUGCGAAAACACUUCUUUGGGCCAUUAGAGAUGAACUCGACAAGUCUCCAACCAGAGGCUGCUCGCGUAAAAGGCCUUGGCGACUGUAUUACGGCCGGUUACAUAUGGGAUGCAGAUUCGAGAGAAUAUAAAGAACUCCAGACCCCUGGCAGCCCAGAGGCGCAAGGUGUAGGGUUCAUUAUUACGAGUGUGAACGACUACAUCCGAUGGGUCAAGGCAAUGAUGAACCAUGAAGGCCCCAUAACGGAAGGAAUCUACAAAGGUCUCGUCAAGUCACGGAUAUUUCAGAAUCCGGAGGCUGAGAACCUAAAUCUUCAUGACGGUGCUGACCCUGGCUUCGGUACUGUACAUUUCUUCCUCCCUGAAUUCAAAUUCGGUAGUGCUAUCUUUGGGAAUUCCAGUGAUGGGGGGAUAGUCGCUGCCAUUGUGAUGAGGGAAUUGAUCGACGAGGUACUCAGAGUCCCGCGGGCUGAACGACCAGAUUGGAAUAAGAUCGUUUCUGCGGAAAAUUCGGGGGGUAAGAACAGUGAUGAAGAAAAGCUGCACCUGAAGCUUUCCCCUGGUAUUCAGGAACCACAGCCUCAGAAGACGCCGCUUAACCGGUCUAUGGGAUUCACACUCACAUUGGAGCAUAUUUGUGAUCAGACCAAGUACAUUGCGCAUAUGAGCGAUUUCUUGGAAGGCGGAUAUGAUCCCCUUAUAGCGGAGUUCAAGCUUGAGGGCGAUAAGGCUUCUAAGUUGGGUGUGGACCUUGAGAGUGACAUAGAGGAGUUGAUUUGGUUCACUAGAGUGCAGUAG